CCGCCCGCCCAGCCCCGGGAGUGCGUGAGGCUCCGCUACCAUUUGCUGCGGCCGCGGGGUGCCCGGGGCACUCGCGGCUGUACCGACUGCAGGAACCCGCAGCGACCCGGUACCUGAGGGGCGGGCCUGAGUGCGGGGAGGCAGCGGGCCCAGAAGGCCGCGUCCAUGGGCUCGCGACGCCCGGGCGGUGGCUGUACGGGUGGGCGGCGGGGACCGCGCGCUCUGUGAGGGCCUGGGGCUCAGGGCCCGGAGUGGAGGUGCCCGGGCGUGCCGUGCAACGCAGUGCUGUCGUGCGAGGAAAGGCCCGGCCUGCAUCCCGGCGUCCGCGAAGCCACCCUGACUGCUGGGGACGCGCUCUGGCCUGUGUCUGCGGCCCGGCUGUGAGGCGGCGGCCGGCGAGGGCUUGCCGCGGCGCUCGCUCUGCGCCCGGCCUUAGUCUCCCAAGCCCGCUGUGCAUGGUGCCGCCGCCCCUCCAGCCGCUGUCCGCCGCGGAGCGCGCCGGACCGGGCCGUCGGGCUUCGCCGUGCCGCCGCGCCGACCAUGUCGGCGGCCAAGGAGAACCCGUGCAGGAAAUUCCAGGCCAACAUCUUCAACAAGAGCAAGUGUCAGAACUGCUUCAAGCCUCGCGAGUCGCAUCUGCUCAACGACGAGGACUUGACGCAGGCAAAACCCAUUUAUGGUGGCUGGCUGCUCCUGGCUCCAGAUGGGACAGACUUUGACAACCCAGUGCAUCGGUCUCGGAAGUGGCAGCGGCGGUUCUUUAUCCUGUAUGAACACGGACUCCUGCGCUACGCCCUGGAUGAGAUGCCCACAACCCUCCCUCAGGGCACCAUCAACAUGAACCAGUGCACAGACGUGGUGGACGGAGAGGGCCGGACGGGCCAGAAGUUCUCCUUGUGCAUUCUCACGCCUGAGAAGGAGCAUUUCAUUCGGGCAGAGACCAAGGAGAUUAUCAGCGGAUGGUUAGAGAUGCUCAUGAUUUAUCCCAGGACCAACAAGCAGAACCAGAAGAAGAAGCGGAAAGUGGAGCCUCCCACACCACAGGAGCCAGGGCCAGCCAAGAUGGCUGUCACCACCAGCAGCAGCAGCAUCCCCGGUGCAGAGAAAGUCCCCACCACCAAGUCCACACUCUGGCAGGAGGAAAUGAGGGCCAAGGACCAGCCAGAUGGGAAUAGCCUGAAUCCAGCUCAGAGUCCCAGCCAGAGCCAGCCUCCUGCGACCAGCACCCUGAGGGAAUCUGGGCUGGAGGGCAAAGAUGAGGAGAGCACCAUGAGCAGCGACCGCAUGGACUAUGGCCGCAAAGUCCGGGUGGAAAGCGGCUACUUCUCCUUGGAGAAGACCAAGCAGGACUUGAAGGCCGAGGAGCAGCAGCUGCCCCAGCCAGUCUCCCCUCCCAGCCCCAGCAUUCCCAAUAACAGGUAUAGUGGCCCCGGACCGCCCUCCCAGGAGCUUGGUCAUCCCCUUCCUUCCCCAGGUCCUCGACCCCCCUGUCGAAUGGUCUGCAGCAGCUACCUCAGCUCUCUGGAUGUGGCCAGCCAGCCCCCCGCUCACAUGGACUCCAGCAGCACUGGGGGGCGGGGAGCAGAGAGACUGGGGUGCACCCUUGCCUUUAAAGCCAGCAGGCAGUAUGCCACCCUGGCCGACGUCCCUAAGGCCAUCAGGAUCAGCCACCGAGAAGCCUUCCAGGUGGAGAGAAGGCGGUUGGAGCGUAGCACUCGGGCCCGGAGCCCUGGCAGGGAAGAGGUGGCCCGUCUGUUUGGCAACGAGCGGAGGAGGUCCCAGGUAAUUGAGAAAUUUGAGGCCUUGGACAUUGAGAAGGCAGAGCACAUGGAAACCAACUUAUCAGCUGGACCCUCACCAUCAAGCGACACUCGCCAGGGCCGUAGUGAGAAGAGGGCAUUCCCCAGGAAGCGGGACCUCCCCAGUGAAGCCCCCACAGCUCCUCUCCCGGAUGCCUCAGCCUCCCCCCUGUCUCCACACCGAAGAGCCAAGUCACUGGACAGGAGGUCCAUGGAGUCCUCCCUGACGCCUGACCUGCUGAAUUUCAAGAAAGGCUGGCUGACCAAGCAGUACGAGGAUGGCCAGUGGAAGAAACACUGGUUCGUCCUUGCUGAUCAAAGCCUGAGAUACUAUAGGGAUUCGGUGGCUGAGGAGGCGGCUGACUUGGAUGGGGAAAUUGACUUGUCUACAUGUUAUGAUGUCACGGAGUAUCCAGUCCAGAGAAAUUAUGGCUUUCAGAUACAUACAAAGGAGGGCGAAUUCACCCUCUCUGCCAUGACAUCUGGGAUCCGGCGGAAUUGGAUCCAGACCAUCAUGAAGCAUGUCCAUCCAACCUCUGCCCCGGAUGUCACAAGCUCCUUGCCGGAGGAGAAGAACCGGAAUAGCUCCCCCUUUGAGACCUGCCUGAGGCCAAGUGAGAAGCAAGAGGUGGAGCCCAGAGAGCCAGACCCUGAGCAGAAGAGGAGCCGUGCUCGGGAGCGGAGACGGGAGGGGCGCUCCAAGACCUUUGAUUGGGCUGAGUUCCGCCCCUUGCAGCAGGCCCUGGCUCAAGAGAGGGCCAGUGCCACAGUGACCCCUGACACGUUCCCGGAGGCAGAGUCAGGAGAGCUGGAGCGGGAACGUGCUCGGAGGCGGGAAGAACGCCGCAAGCGCUUCGGGGUGCUUGACACUGUAGAUGGGCCAGCCACUGAUGAUACAGGCUUGCGGAUGGAGGUUGAUCGGAGCCCAGGGCUGCCUGUGCCCCCCAACCCCAAGACACAGAAUGUCCAUGUGGAGAUCGAACAGCGGUGGCAUCAGGUGGAGACCACCCCUCUACGGGAAGAAAAGCAGGUGCCCAUUGCUCCUCUGCACCUGUCCUGUGAGGACAGAAGUGAUAGGCUCUCCAAUCAUGAGCUGACCUCUCUGCUGGAAAAGGAGUUGGAGCAGAGCCAGAAGGAGGCCUCAGACCUUUUGGAGCAAAACCGGCUCCUGCAGGAUCAACUGAGAGUGGCUCUGGGCCGGGAGCAGAGUGCCCGGGAGGGCUACGUGCUGCAGACUGAAGUGGCCACCUCCCAACCUGGUGCCUGGCAGAGGCUCCACAGAGUCAAUCAAGAUCAGCAAAGGGAGCUGGAGGUCCAGUGCCGGCGCCAGGGGCUAACCACCCAGCAGACCCAGGCCCCGAAGCGCAGCUACGGGGAGGCCAAGGAUACAAUCCGGCACCACGAGGCUGAGAUCCACAGCCUUCAGGCGAGACUCAGCAAUGCUGCUGCUGAGCUCACCAUCAAGGAACAGGCACUGGCCAAGCUCAAGGAUGACCUGAAACUGGAGAAGGACAAGGUCUGUGAGCAUUUGGAGGAAUGGAAGCACAGCAAGGCAGCACUGAGUGGUCAGCUGCAGGCCAGUGAGCAGAAGCUCAAGAGCACAGAGGCCCUGCUGCUGGAGAAGACACAGGCACUGCAGGACCUGGAAACACAACAGGCGCUGCAGAGGGACCGGCAGAAGGAGGUGCAAAGGCUGCAGGAGCGCAUCACUGAUCUCAGCCAGCAGCUCAGCGCCAGUGAGCAGGCCCAGCGGCUGAUGGAGGAGAAGCUGCAGAGGAACUAUGAGCUGCUCCUGGAGAGCUGUGAGAAGGAGAAGCAGGUGCUGCUGCAGAACCUGAGGCAGGUGGAGGACAAGGCCAGUGCCUAUGAGGACCAGCUCCAGGACCACGAACGACAGAUGGAGCUCCUCCAGAAGGAGAAGCUUAGUGCCAGGUUUGAGGGCAGCGAGGCCGUGCACCAGCUGGAGGAGCAGCUGCGGGUGAAGGAGGCCAGCAUCCACAAGCUGGCUGAGCAUGUCCAAAGCCUCAGAGACGAGCGGGACCUGAUCAAGCAGCGGUUCCAGGAGCUUAUGGAGCACGUUGCCCUGUCUGAUGGGGACGUUGCUGAGCUUCAGAAGAAGCUGAGGGGAAGAGAGGCAGACUACCAGAACCUGGAACACUCCUAUAGGAGAGUAGCCAGCCAGCUCCAGAGCAUGCACACUCUGCUGAAAGAAAAGGAGGAAGAGCUGAAGCACAUCAAGGAAAUGCAUGAGAAAGUUCUGGAAAAGAAAGAUCAGGACCUCAAUGAGGCUUUGGUUAAAAUGGUUGCCUUGGGGAGCAGCUUAGAGGAAACAGAAAUGAAGCUCCAGACAAAGGAAGAGAUUUUAAGGAAGUUCACGAAGGCAUCAUUAGAGGAAGUCGAGGAGCUGCAGAGCUCCCUGGAAGAAGCAGAAGAGGACGGCAUUGCACUUUCAGGUCCACAGCUCCGAGCCUCAGGCUCAUCUCCAGGCUUUCCACCCUUGAGACUCGAGGAGGACGACCCAGAGACUGCUCUUAGGGAGAAACAUGGGCACAGCAGCCCUAGGACAGAAGUGAGCAUGAUGCCCCCAAAGUCAGAAGUGCCUGACAAGGAGGGGCACUCAAAGAACACAGCAAAAUGUGAGCAGGGGGUACCCAGUGUGAAAAGGCAAAGAAUCCGGUUCUCCACAAUCCAGUGCCAGAAAUACACCCAGCCUGAUGGGUCCGAGAAGACCUGGACCAGCAGCACGUCUUCUGACACUAGUCAGGACCGGUCACCCUCAGAGGAAAGCAUGUCAUCAGAGGCCACCCUGAGCUCUCUCCCUGCAGCCAGUGAUUCUGACACCUACCUUUCCAUAAUACACUCCCUGGAGACCAAGCUCUACAUCACAGAAGAGAAGCUCAAAGAUGUGACAGUGAAGCUGGAGAGCCAGCAGGGCCAGAGCCAGGAGGCCCUGCUCACACUGCACCACCAGUGGGCCGGCACCGAGGCACGGCUCCGAGAGCAGCUCCGUGCCAGCCUCCUCCAGGUUGGCAUGCUGGCCUCCCAGCUGGAGCAGGAAAAACAGGCUAGGGCAAAGAUAGUUGAAAAUCACGUCGGGGAGCUUGGCAAUUUCCACGUAAAAAACACUGAGGCCUUGGCUUGCCUAGAAAAUUGCCGUGAACAAUUACGAUCUCUGCCGGGGUCUGGCCAGGAGGAAGCACAGGAGGCAGAAGUGGGCCCCCUGGCCAGCAUGGAGAGAGUGUUAGUCCACGCCAUCCAGGCCCUACGUCACUGGCCAGCCCCUGCAGACAGUGGGGCCCAUGCUCAGCUAGAGGAAGGGAGCAUCUUGGAGAAAGGGAAAGAGACUUCGCAGCAGCCAUCUCACCUGCCUGAACUGACUGAGCAGGAGCAGCUCAAGCUACUUUCUGAUCAAAUAGCUUUGGAAGCCUCACUGAUAAACCAAAUAGCAGACUCUUUAAAAAAUACAACAUCAGAUAUCUCACGCGUUCUCCAUGAGAUUUCUCAGUCAGGGAGGUUGCCCCUAGAGUCUGGAAGUGCUGCAGUCUGUCUUGGGGCCGCAGCAGAUACCUGGGCUAAGAAGGUGCUGGUGGAUGGUGAAUUCUGGAGCCAGGUUGAGUCCCUGAGUAAGCACCUUGGGAUGCUGGGAGGAGAGGCAGCCAGUGCAUCAGGGGGUGAGCAGCAGAGCAUCCCACAAGCCCUGGUCCCUGCCCUGGCAGAUGCUACAUGGGUCAGGGCGGAGCUCAGCUUUGCUGUGCAAUCAUUGAGGGAGUCAUUCCACCGUCGGUUGCAGAGCAUCCAGGAGACUCUCCGGGGGACCCAGACGGCCCUGCAGCAGCAUAAGCACAUGCUGAGGGAAAUCCUGGGAACCUACCAAACCCCUGAAUUUGAGAAAGUGAUGCAGCAGGUCUCGGAAGCCCUCACGCUUCCAGCAGUCAUUGCAGAUGGUGUGCAGGUGUCCUGGGACUUGAGCUCUUUAGGAGAAGAACUGAGUCAUCAAGAUGUAGCCAGCUCCCAGGAACCCUUUCAUUUGUCUGAUCAGAGCUCUGGGACCCUCGUUGCUAUUCAGGAAGAACUCGCCCUGCAGCUUAAAGAUAAGGCCAGCCUCUUAAGAGAUAUAUCUGCCUCUUUAACUUCUUUCUCCACUGUGGAAUCAGUAAGAGAUUGUCAGAAGCUUCUUCAGGUAUCCCAAAAUCUUUCCUAUAACACUUAUUUGGGAGGCCUUGGUCAAUAUUCUUCAUUAUUAGUUAAAGAUGCAAUUAUUCAGGCGCAGGUAUGUUAUGCAGCCUGCAAAAUCCGGCUGGAGUAUGAAAAGGAACUCCAGUGCUACAAGGAGUCCUGGCAGAGCACAGGGGCCUCCUGUCAGGAGCAUGAGCAGGCUGUAGGGGCCCUGAGGGAGGAAUACAAGGAACUUCUCCAGAAGCAGAAGAGCGAGUACCUGGAAGUGAUUGCUGUUGUUCAAAGGGAAAAUGCAGAGCUCAAGGCCCAGGUCACCCAGCUAGACCAUCAGCAGAAGUACCUGGAAGAAGUGGAAAGCAAGCACAGCGAGAACAUGUUUGCCCUGCAAGGGAGGUACGAGGAGGAAAUCAGGUGUGUGGUGGAGCAGUUAAACAGAGCAGAGAAUACACUGCAGGCUGAGCACAGCAGAGUCCUCAGCCAGCUGGAUGCCUCCGUCAGAGACAGGGAGGACUUGGAGAGGCACCACGUGGAGCAGAUGCAGACCCUGGAGGACAAGUUCCAGCUUAAGGUCAAAGAGCUACAGACCAUCCAUGAGGAAGAGCUGAGGACCUUGCAGGUGCACUACUCCCAGAACCUCCAGUGCCUGCAGGAGAGACUCUGCCACUACCAGGGGCGGCCCCCAGAAACUCUCCUGGCUGGCAGCCCCCAGGAGCUGCCUGCCUCCAUCUGGCCAGCUGACCAGUCCCAGGAGCCUCUGCAGGUGGCCACUGGGGAGACUGAUUCCAUGACAGGGCUGAGAGAGCGCAUCCAGGAGCUGGAGGCACAGAUGGACAUCAUGCGGGAGGAGCUGGAGCACAAGGACCUAGAGGGCAACACAGUCACGCUGCGGGAGAAGUACCAGAAAGACUUUGAGAACCUUAAGGCCACAUGUGAACGUGGGUUUGCAGCAAUGGAGGAAACACACCAGAAAAAGAUUGAAGAUCUCCAGAGGCAGCACCAGCGGGAACUGGAGAAACUGCGGGAGGAGAAAGACCGUCUCCUGGCUGAGGAAACUGCGGCCACCAUCUCAGCCAUUGAAGCCAUGAAGAAUGCCCACCGGGAGGAGAUGGAGCGCGAGUUGGAGAAGAGCCAGCGGUCCCAGAUCAGCAGCAUCAACUCAGACAUCGAGGCCCUGCGGCGACAGUAUCUGGAGGAGUUGCAGUCGGUGCAGCGGGAGCUGGAGGUCCUCUCUGAGCAGUACUCACAGAAGUGCCUGGAGAAUGCCCACCUCGCCCAGGCGCUAGAGGCCGAGCGGCAGGCCCUACGGCAGUGCCAACGUGAGAACCAGGAGCUCAACGCCCACAAUCAGGAGCUGAACAACCGCCUGGCUGCAGAAAUUGCACGAUUACGGACACUGCUGACUGGAGAUGCUGGCGGGGAGGCUGCUGGCUCGCCUCUCACGCAGGGCAAGGAUGCCUAUGAGUUAGAGGUCUUACUACGAGUCAAGGAAUCAGAAAUACAGUACCUAAAACAGGAGAUCAGCUCUCUCAAGGAUGAGCUCCAGACAGCAUUGCGGGACAAGAAAUAUGCUAGUGACAAGUACAAAGACAUCUACACAGAGCUCAGCAUCGUGAGGGCAAAGGCUGACUGCGAUAUCAGCAGGUUGAAAGAGCAGCUGAAAACAGCCACAGAAGCUCUGGGUGAAAAAUCCCCUGAGAACACCCCUGUGUCGGGAUAUGAUAUAAUGAAAUCUAAAAGCAACCCUGACUUUCUAAAAAAGGACAGAUCCUGUGUGAGUCGGCAACUCAGGAACAUCAGAUCCAAGUCCGUAAUUGAGCAGGUCUCAUGGGAUAACUGAAACGAGCCCGCUUCCAGGUCCCUUGUCAUGUAGAGUCUGAAGGAAGGCUUGACGGUGCAAGAACGCUUGAAGCUCUUUGAAUCCAGGGACUUGAAGAAAGACUGACUGUCCUAUUCCGAUUGAACACACACCCUUCCCAGCUUGUGGCAGCACAACCCAAAUGCUACUUUUCGUCUGUACCUUUAUUUUUAUUAUUAUUAUUAUUGUUAUUGUUAUUGUCAUUAUUAACUGUGGGUAUGGAUGCAUGAGAGACUAGUUUAUGGGUUGUUCACACCAUUCCCUGCUGUGCUGACUCCAACUUCCUACUGUCUCUAUCUGACCUUUUAUUCCAUGGUCUUCUAAAACAAUCCAAGCAGUGGAGGCUGCAAGGGCCAUCUGCUCCAGCUGGGUCUGUGUUGGGAGUCCCUGCUGUCGUCCGCCUCACUCAUUCACUGUCAGUAUUAAGGCCCAGCAGCCUAUCGAUAAGCUAGCUCUGUCUCACCAAGAGCACUGGGGAGGAAGAGAGAGAGAAUUGGGCCCAGGGGGCUGUAGCUGCGCUGCAUACUGGGUCCCUUGGAGAGACAACAAGCCAUUGGGAUGUGGUUUUCCCUAGAUCACAACACUGACAACUUGCUAGCUGUGGGAGGAGCUGGGGGAGCAGGGCAAAGAGUGUGGCGUACACCACCUGUUAGCUUGCGGGAAGGUCAGCAUUUUAUAUUUGUUCCACUAAUGCAGCUUAAAACCGCACCCCAGAUGAUUGUGGUAAACUUUUCACAACCUUAAAAAUGUCGAAAACAGCUUUUCCUAUUUUUGUUUGUUUUUUAUUAAAUCUUGCACAAAACCCCACCCCUCUCAUUCCUUCCUCUGCUCGGUCCUUUCUUGGUCACCAGUCUGGUCUUUCCAUACCUGCCUGGCCUGUUGACCUGUGGCCUGGGGUUUCAGACUGUAAUUGCCAAUAAUGAUGAAUUCCCCCAGGGUAUCAUUUGUGGGGACAGGUGAUUUACCUCUGUAACCUCUCUGCAAAUAAACCCCAUGUUACUUUUGAAAA